GCCACCCUGAUAACUACAUUCCGGCUAAUCCAAUGCAGACACCAGCUUCUAUCGUACCAGAAUGGUACCUGCUCCCCUACUACGCAAUCCUGCGCGCCAUACCUUCGAAAUUACUAGGGGUAAUAGCUAUGAUAGGGUCCAUCUUGAUUCUCUUCCUCAUGCCCCUUCUGGACACUUCACGUGUCCGAUCUUGUGCCUUCCGUCCUUUUAUGCGUUUACUAUUCUGGGGUUUUGUGGUUAACUUCCUUAUUCUUACGUGGAUCGGGUCACAACACCCAGAGCCCCCUUUUAUCACUAUUGGUCAAGCGUGUUCUACAUUCUACUUCUCCUACUUCUUACUGUUCGUUCCUCUCAUUGGCUUAAUGGAAAAUACCCUCUCAGAUUUAGCUACUCUUGGAGAUAUGGUUGGUAUGGUUGGUAUGGGGGAGUUCCCCAACCAUAGCAAGGCAGGAGCUGGUUGUGCAAUAGUUCGUUCAAUUCCCUUGUACCGAACUCUUCUAGCCCGGUCAGCUGCCCUUGGAAUGGGCACGGCUCUUAACCGGAUACGAACCAUUGCAUCAGAAGAAUCGGUUUUCCUGAGGGAAUUUGUGCCACUCUCCAUCAACCGGAUUAUAGCUUUGAUAAAGAUGUUAUCUUUCUUAUCGAACCUUAUUUGGUUAUCGUCUAACCUAUGCUCCAAUGAUGCUGCUCAACCUUGGCAAUUUGGCUUUCAAGAUGGGGGUUCUCCAAGCUACGAGGGGAUAGUAGAACUUCACGAUGAUAUCAUGUUCUACCUUAUUCUUAUCUUAGUAGGGGUAGCCUGGAUGCUUAUGUCCACGAUCCGCAACUUCAAUUGGAACCAUAACCAGAUCGUUCACAAAUACCUUAACCAUGGAACGGUUCUAGAGCUUAUUUGGACUAUCUCACCAGCACUCGUUCUGAUAGCUAUUGCUUUCCCUAGUUUCAAACUCCUUUAUCUAUUAGAUGAGGUCAUCGAUCCAGUGAUGACUGUUAAAGCUAUAGGUAAUCAAUGGUAUUGGUCUUAUGAGUACUCUGAUUACGUGGAUCAGGAGGGUCAAUCUAUUGAGUUUGAUUCUUACUUGGUUCCAGAGUCUGACCUAGAAAUAGGGGAUUUAAGACUCCUUGAAGUUGACAACCGAGUUGUGGUACCAGUUGAUACCCAUAUACGGUUUAUUGUUACGGCCCGUGACGUAAUUCACUCUUUUGCUGUUCCUUCUCUUGGUGUUAAGCUUGAUUGCAUCCCAG